AUGCAUUCAGAAAAAAACUAUGACAAAGAGGUAGAGCUAAACAAUGAGCAGGAAAACCAGACAUUAAGAAUAACAAUGGUCAGCAGAAACAAGAGCGAGUUAGAGAGAGUAGCAUACGCCAUUUACCAGAUGGCCAAGGCAGAGAACCCAGCAAACAAAGGGCCAGUCUCCUCCAAGAACAACAAGCUCCUUGUAACCACCAGAAAAGCACCCGGUGGCAAUGGUACCAACACAUAUGACAAAUUCUCUAUGACAAUUAGAAAGAAGUACAUUGACAUAACAGUAGCAUUCGAGUCAUUCAAAGCAAUUACUUCAACCGUGCAGAGCCCAGAAGUAUUUAUUCAAGUGGUUAUAAAGGCAUAA